AUGGCUUCUAGUUCAUCUUCUUUCAGCCCCUCUAAAUUAAGCUAUGAUGUUUUCCUUAGUUUUAGAGAAAACUAUGCGUCGUCUCGAUGGUGCCUAGAUGAACUCCUGAAGAUACUAGAGUGCAUGAAAGCAAUGGGCCGAUUGGUUGUACACAUUUUCUAUCAUGUAAACCCAUCUGAUGUUAGAAAUCAGACUGGAAAUUUCGGAGAAGCAUUUGCGAAACUUAAAGAACGAUUCAAGGAGAGCAUAGACAGGGUGGAGAGGUGGAGUAGUGCUUUAAGGGAAGCAGCCAAUCUAUCUGGAUGGGAUUCCAAUAACUAUAGGUAA